UAAAAAAUGUACUCCCAUACUCAAACCCUCACUCCCGCUCUUUCACCUUGAAUCAAUCAAUAAUUUUACCAAAACAAUCUGCUACACUACAUAAUUGCUUCCCUCCUCCUUGUUCCUCCGCUGUCCUCGUCCGCCAUUGUCCGCCAUUGGGGCAAUUCCACAAGCGUAACAAACGAAAAACAUAAUAUAAAAAAUGAGGGAAGAAGAAAUUGACAAAUUACGUGGAGUGGUCAGAGACUGUGUAAGCAAACAUCUUUACUCAUCUGCCAUCUUCUUCGCCGAUAAAGUCGCCGCCUUCACUUCUGACCCCGCCGAUAUUUAUAUGCAAGCUCAAGCUCUCUUCCUGGGUCGCCAUUUUCGUCGUGCUUUUCACCUUCUUAAUGCUUCUCAUGUCGUUCUUCGUGACCUCCGAUUUCGUUACCUCGCCGCCAAAUGUCUCGAGGAGUUACGAGAGUGGGAUCAAUGUUUACAAAUGCUUGGAGAUGCAAAACUUGAUGAACAGGGUAAUGUUAGGGACACAAAAGAUGGCACUGUUAUGUACCUGGACAAGGAUGUGCAUGAUCAUGAAAUCAAUAUAUCUGCAGCAUUAUGUUUCCUCCGAGGUAGAGCGUACGAAGCACUGGAAAAUCGCGCCCAAGCACGCCAAUGGUAUAUAGCUGCAGUGAAAGCUGAUCCUUUGUGUUAUGAGGCUUUUGAGCGUCUUAUUGAAAAUCAUAUGCUUACAUGUGACGAAGAGUGCACUCUAAUUGCAUCUUUGGAAUUUUGCCAUGAAGAUCAGUGGCUUUCUUCGUUUUACAAUUGUCUUAUCAAGAAACAAGAUAAAGAGAAUGUAGUUGAAGCUAACUUUAAUGAACUCGAGAAAGAUACUCCGUCAGACUCAAACUUCACCGGAACUUUGAAGAAUAACACAGAUUUGUUGGCCCGUAAAGCCGAAUACUAUCAUCAAUGUGGUGAAUAUCAGAAAUGUUUUGAACUAACUUCGCUAUUGCUUGAGAAAGAUCCUUUCCAUCUCAAGUGUACUUUGGUACAUUUAGCUGCUGCAAUGGAACUUGGCAUGUCAAAUGAGCUCUAUCUAAUAGGUUGUAAUCUAGUCAAAGAUUAUCCUCAAAAACCCCAGUCAUGGUUUGCUGUUGGAUGCUACUAUUAUUGCAUCAAAAAGUAUGAUCAAUCACGCCGGUAUUUCAGCAAGGCAACAAGCUUAGAAGGAACAUUUUUAUCUGCUUGGAUUGGUCAAGGAAAUGCUUACGCUGCACUAGAAGAAGGUGAUCAAGCAAUGUUAGCUUAUCGAACUGCUGCUCGUUUGUUUCCAGGGUGUCAUUUACCAACUUUGUACAUCGGCAUGGAAUACAUGCGAACACACAGCUACAAACUUGCUGAGCAGUUCUUCUUGCAGGCUAAAACAAUUUGCUCUACUGAUCCUCUGGUAUAUAACGAGCUAGGUGUUGUUGCGUAUCACAUGAAAGAGUACAAAAAAUCAGUUCGAUGGUUUGAGAAGACAUUGGCAAAUAUCCCAACAUCUAUGAACGAAACAUGGGAGCCCACUAUUGUCAAUCUUGCGCAUGCAUAUAGAAAGCUCAAGGUGUAUCGUGAGGCAAUCAAGUACUAUGAGAAAGCACUUACCUUGUCUACCAAGAGUUUAAGCACUUAUGCAGGCCUUGCCUACACUUAUCACUUACAGGGCAAUUACAGCGCUGCAGUUACAAAUUAUCACAAGGCAUUAUGGCUGGAACCGGACGAUCAAUUUUGCACAGAGAUGUUAACUCUGUCACUUGCAGAAGAUAGUUGUCGUAAUACAGACUCCAUUCCAGGAUUGUUAUCGUAGCAUAGUUUCCCUACAUAUGUAUAAUUGUUUAAUUUUUCUGAAAAUAACCUAUCUAUAUACACACAAUGUAUCAUCCAUCUUUAUUUGUUAUAGAUAUGGGAAAUGUAUUAGGGUUCUAAGCUCUAUUUUAUAUAUCAUUUGACCUGGUAUCCCAUUAAACCCAUUUGCAAGACUUACUUCAAAACUAUGAGCUCUAUGUCAAUGCUAAUUAUUAUUUCUAGUACUUCUUUUCCUGAUUUGGAAAAGUUAAAACCAUUAA